UGUCCUUUGAGUUGUCUUUGAGGCUUUAGAGCAAUUUCGGCCUUGGAAUAUGCCUGAUGCCUUCUUUGGAAGUAAACGUGCCAUAAACGAAAGGGACAUGAGCCGGAGAUAUACGGAUAGUUUCCGGAGACGUAUCGCACACCGUCCACGAUAUCGAUCCGCAUUUAAUUCUCGGUGUACGGAGGAUGAAGGAUGAAGGAUCAAAGCCUCGAACCGAAGAAGGUGUUGAUCGUGGCCAGAAGGAGACACGAAACAUGUGGCGCCGUCCUAAGUAAGCGAGUUUCGUUUACAAGCUGGUCCUAAAUUUGGGGUCCAAGCCUCAGCCGCAGUUCGAGGAUUCAUCCUCGAAGGCAAACAACUUCCCUGUCGUUGCUGACACCAGCUACGGCGAGAACAUGUACGACUACCUUUCUCUCGGCUCUCCUGGCUUUCUCGCCUGGUGUAUCAUGGGCGGAAGCGCUGCACCGAGAGAAAUCCACGGAGCCUUCCGUUGAGCGGACAACAUACAAGACCAGUCACUCGUUUCUACCAGAAAGUCAUUCGAGCCAUCCAGCCUAGCUACGACUGUCGAGAGUACCUGCAGGCUCAGUCCGACGAGUUUGAAGACCCAUAUACUCCGUCAGCGACCAGAGACGUUACAGCAUGGUUAGAGCGCUGGCCAGUAUAUGCGCCGUCGCAGGCCUGUGCUUUGCGCAUAUUGUGACGGCAUCAACAAUCACCGCUGCCCCUGAUGCCCUCGAGCCUCGCGCUGCACCUACAUCCACGAACAUCGCAUGUGGCUAUGCCUCCAGUGCCUCCAAGUCGUACUUGUCGGCGCAUCCCUCAGGCAAGUUCUAGACGAACAUACAUCCUCGGGGCAAUCACUGACUAUUGCCAGCCACGUCUGUCGAAAUACCAGCGGCCCUUGCCUACGAAUGCUUAAAAUCCAUACCUAAUAUUCAGGGCCCUGCCAUACGCCUGAUCAACUCGUUGCGAACAUACCUCGAAUUUCAGAGCACGAUCGAAUACUUGCAGAAACCGCCCUCGGGAUUUCUCUUUCCGCCCGUGGACCUCUAUGGAGAGCUGAACAAGAUCGAGGAUAAAGUCCUUGGUGGACAGUAUGAGAGCGAAUAUGACAUGCAAGUCGACAUCUUUUCGUUGCUAAGCUCGGCUCACGAUGGACAUUUGUCCUGGUUGGGAGACCUAUUGGCUGUCUUCGAGUUCCUCCGGGGUGGUGCGGACAACUUAGGAUUGGUCUCUGUCUCCAUGGAUGGUAAAGAGGUACCGCAGGUCUAUCUUGCCAGUGAUCUUAUCUCGAACAACGCGGCAGUAACAAAAGUACAACCGGUAACAGGUUAUAUUCCCUCACCUGUCGAGAGUAUCGAUGGUGUCGAUGUCGUGACUUUCCUCUUAACUCAGUCGAUGGUCGGGUCAUCUCAAGAUCCGGAUGCACUGUGGAAUCAGAACUUCUUCCAAAUCGGCAACCAAGCGGUGCGAUAUUUUGCUGGACCACUUUACUACCCUGGGCCUGCGACUAAUGUAACCUUCACCAAUGGCACGACUCAUCAUAUCUCAAAUGUGGCAAUAGUGCGUCUUCCCCUAGACGGUAUAGCCACUGGCGAGGAUGCAUAUUCUAUUUUCUGUCCAGGAGCUUUGGAAUCAGUGACGGCUUCGGCCAGCAGCAGCGCCGCCUCUUCUACAGCUCAAGCAACUUCGACAACAGAGACCCCCAGCUCACCCACGAUCCCUCUAUAUCCGUAUCCUGUAAUCAAACAUAGUGCCGACUCUGUGGCAGGAUACUACCUCAACGACACAGGAUACACUGAUGUUGCAAUCCUGCAAGUGCGAGAUUUCCAGGCGGCCGACGAAAAUCCCUUGACAUAUUCUAUGGAAUUUCAAACCGUGGUGCAGAAGUUUCUAAAUGCGGCCGUGAAGACAGGAAAGAGGAAACUCAUUGUCGAUUUCCAGGGCAAUCCAGGGGGCAGCAUCGAUCUUGGUACGGAUUUAUUCGCCCAGCUGUUUCCCUCUAUACCACCGAAUUCAAAGUCAAAUAUGCGUGAUCAUCUCGGAUUCUGGAUUUUAGGCAAUAUCGCAUCAUCUAACGCCACAGCUGCGCUGCAGACGCCAGACGGUGGUGAGGACGAACUCGUCUCCGAACUCACAUAUACACCCUUAUCAUAUCAGUCCGUAGUGACUGACAACUUGACUGCUUUUUCCGACUUCAACUCGUUCUAUGGACCCAACGAGAUCUAUGGUGCCAAUUUCUCUGCGUUCUUCCAGAACAAUUACACCGACGCUUCAGCUUCCGACUUCGAUGGGGUCGGCAUCGUCAUCACGGGUACCAACAAUCGCACAAAUUUCCGCCAACCGUUUGCCCCGCAGGAUAUUGUUGUCCUCUACGACGGCUACUGCGCCAGUACGUGCACCGUUGUGAGCGAGUAUCUCAAGACGUUGGCAGGCGUACAGUUUGUCGCCGUCGGUGGCCGCCCACAGUCCGGGCCGAUGCAAGCUGUCGGUGGGGUCAAGGGGACACAGGUAUACGAAUUCCUGGGCAACAUAGACAACUGGGUCACGCUGUGGGAGAGCCCAGAGAAUACGCUUCUGGACCUGGCGAACGGGACGAUAUGGACGAACUUCACGCUCGAACCGAUCCUUCGUAGCGAAGCCGCGAACUUGGGCGCCGGCGCGGCCGGUGGCGUCAAUGGACGAAAUCAUUUUCGGUUCGGUGACGAGAGCGAGACGCCACUGCAGUUCGUCUACGAGGCGGCCGACUGUCGGCUCUGGUGGACCAAGGAGAUGCUGUACGAUCCGGUUUUCCUAUGGGAGAGGGUGGCCAGUGUCGCGUUCAACGAACGAAAGGGAACACAGUUCAACUCCAAGUACUGCAUCGGUGGGAGUACAGGACACCCGACGAGUAUUUCUGGUGGAUGGAAGACGGGAACCCUAGGUCCUCAGACCCCUCCAGCCAACGCCGGUGCAUCUGUGGAUGGAUGGAAAUUGACCGGUCGUCCUCUAGGUGAUGGUGGCAAUGGCAAUGGCAGUGUCGGUCAGGGUCUUGGAUCGACGACGGGCACUGGCACCAAAGUCGAGAACAAUGCCGUGACGGACGACGCCGUGGACAAUAACACUGCCUUGAGCAGUAUGAAGACGGCAUGUGCGAGUUACUCGGGGGACAAGUGGCUCGUGAAACUUGUCUGUAAUGCCUUGGGGGUCAAGGUGGAUUGAACCACAACAGUAAGGCAAGACAAUUGUGGUGAGGUGUUUAUUUUUUUCGGUUCCAUGAGAGCAAGCGUGCAUUGCUGGGAGUUUUUGGGAUCAUCUCACUAGUUGGCCAGAUAAGUGAGUGACAUUUAGUUGCUGGAUCAGGUAUUGUAUACUAAAGUAUCUGAGGAAUUGACCUGACCAGAAACGAAACCCGCGGUGUUGGCAAAAAGGUCAUGAAAGGAGUAACGGCAAUGAUUGCUUUGUAGGACAAUAGCCAUUUUCCAUAAAUGACCUUUUGUUUUGUGUUGAAACAUGUCUCUAUCCCGGGCGCGAC